AUGGGAAAGAAAAAUCGUUUUGCGGGUGGGGCAGCAGGUCGAAGGACCAUAUUACAGCUUUCACCUCCCGGUUCACGUGGAAUUUAUACGGGCGAAGCGCACUCCGGAUCCGAAGAUGAACAAGACGUGGACGGACAUAAUUUCCUUCGAGACGGGCAAUCCAAAACAAAGGCUCCCACGGUUAAGGCAACGGAGGGUUUGUCUUUGCUUGGAGCAUAUGCAGACAGUGAUGAAGAUGAUGUUGAAAUGAAGACCCCUGUAAAUCCACAGCUCAACAAGUCUGCUGACAUAGAUAGUACUUUGGCUGAUUUUAUGGCUGAAAUUGAUGCAAUAACUACCCAACCCACAACAGAUGAUGACAACUGCGAUACAACUGGCUCUAUUCCAACAACUGGCAAUAAUGGUCAGAAAUCUGAUGGUACCGAAUCCAUGGAAACGCAAAGUGCAAAUGCUGCUUUUGAAUACAACACCCAGGACUCCUUAGCUGGAGUGGGAGUUGAAAUGGGGGACUGGCAAGAGGUGUGGGAUGACAACACAGGCUGUUAUUACUAUUGGAAUACAGUGACUAAUGAAGUGUCUUGGGAGUUGCCUCAUUACUUGGCUGAUCAAGUGCAAAGUCUUGGAAAACAAGCAAUCAACACUAGUGUCAAUGGCAACGGUACAGCCCAUGAUGAACACCAUACAGAGGAAGUGGUCGUUAAAGAUACUGCAAUGACGGAGGCUAAAGCAGAGGUUAUUGAAAGUGUUGUUGCUCUUGUCAGUGAGAAGGAAGAGCAUUGCGGAGUAGCUGCUUCUCUUUUGGGCCCUUUGAUUCCCUCCGAAGUAAAGGAGGCAGAAGAAAAGUGGAGAAAGAGACUGCUCAAAGGUUUAGAUGAAACGGAGAAUUCUUUGGAUUCGGAUGGAGAAGCUGGACAUUCUGUAGAUUCUCCUGUUCCACCGCUGGACCAAGACACUCCUCAGAGUGAGAAAGAUGUCCCUGCAAAGAACCAAUCGGUUCAAAACUCGGACGAUGAAGGGCCUGAAGAAGAUACGGAGGAGUUGGAGUUGGCUCUCGAAAGAAAAAAGGCUGAAUUGAAGGCUCUUGAAGAUUGUGAUGGAAGUGCUGGGGGCUCCAGCCCUUGUUCUGAAACUAGUCAAGAUGCCACAAAUUCUGAGAGCACACUGUUCAAGAAGAAACGCUGGAAAACUGCCUUCCCUAGUGCACCUAGCCCAGACUCUACCAGCAGAACUUCUAACAUGGCAGAAAGCACGGAGACUGAUCUCCCGAAAGUCGUUGAUAGUGUUGUGCAGGGAGAAGAUACAGAAACAGAGACUAAAAAUCCAGAAGACUCAGAUGAUGCAGAAAAUACUUCAGCUAAAGAAGAAGUGGAGACACCAGAGCUCAAGUUCCAGAUAGGAGAACUUGCCAACACCUUAACCAGCAAGAUGGAGUUUCUAGGAAUAAAUAAGAAAACUAUCUCAAAUUUUCAACUUCUUCUUCUGCAAACAGAGACAAGGAUUGCUGACUGGAGGGAGGGUGCUUUGAAUGGAAUCUAUCUUCGUCGCAGGCUGCAGGAAGCUGCUGAACACAUAAAAUAUUACGAACUUAACGCCACCCCUAAAGGCUGGUCCUGCCACUGGGACAGAGAACACAGGCGGUAUUUUUAUCUGAAUGAGCGGACUGGUGCAUCACAGUGGGACUUUCCUACAGAGGAGGAAAAGGGAGAGGAUGCCAAGGAAGGAUCAUCUGCUGCUAAACUCACAGUCUGGACCUCAUCCCAACCUCCUCUUCCGAGUAGCCCGCCGCCACCCCUCUUCAGCAGUUCCCCUCCCCCACCAUUGCCCCCAGACUCUCCACCCACACCACCUCCUUUGCCUGACAGCGAUACUGAGAUCAUGGAGGUGGAGAUGGAGAUGGAUGACGAUGAUGGGGAACCUCCAGCCCCUGGUACAGAAGAGGAGAGCGAAGGGCCUCCUCUUCCACCAGGCAUUGCAAACACAAAAAUUGUAGACUCCAGCGCUUUUGGGAGGACACUCAAACGUAAGGCUGGUCAGUCAAGUAAAACUGUUACAAUUGGAAGUAAUCCCAUCCGCUACAGUCAACUUGUUGCAAAUCCAGCUCCAAUAAUGCCUGUGGCUGCUUAUUGGGGAAUGCCUGCUCUUCCACUUGUGCCUUCUGAACCUCCGCUGCCACCCCAGCCUCCACCUCCCCCAAUUCCCCCACCACAACCACCCUCGGAACCUCCUCUGCCAAAACCCACAGAAAAAGUAAAAAAGACCAAAAAUAAGUCAAAGAAGGUUAAAACCAAAAUGCCGUCUUUGGUGAAGAAGUGGCAGAGUAUUCAGAAGGAGCUGGAUGAGGAAGAGAAAAGCAGUUCCAGUGACGAGGAUAGAGACCUACUUAACAAAAAGGGCAUUGAAGAUUGGAAAUAUCAGCAGCUUAUGACGGGAAAGGCGACAAAAAAUGCCAACUUUGAAGCGAUUCCAGACAAUUGGCGGGAACGAAUAAAAAAACGAAAGAUGAUGAACAGCACAUAA